GGGGCCGGGACGCGCCGCGCCGCCUUCAUCCCGCGUGGAAGCGGAUUGUGGUGCGGCGGGCUCCAGAGACUGCUCUUCUCCAGCCUGCUUCCCCCUCAUCCUGCCAGACCCCUCAGUGCUGCAGCAGGAAGGUGAGAUUGUACCUAAUGGAUGAACAACCUGUCAAGCUGAAACUGAAAGACACAGGAAUGAUAAAAAUCAGGAGUUUCAGCGUCUCUUCUGAAGAGGCUCAGCCAAGGAGAAGUUUGAAAUGGAUCAGAUCUAUGGCUGGUUUGAUGCCAUAAGGGCUACUGCUCUGCUUUGUUAAACAGGAAGUCUAGUUCAGACCCUCCAGUCUAUCAGCCAAUUCCAGAGCAGCUGUGGAGCCCCAGACUGCCUGCGUUCCACCACCUUCAUCUCUGCUCAACUCAGUGGGCCAAGUGAUAAGUGAGAUGAUAAGUAAGAGAACAAAAUGACAUACUAUGACAUACUGGUAUAGUCCUUUGCAUUUGUCUUCAUUACGCUUUACAUUAUUGAUCUUGGACCAUUGUUUCAAUUUAUUGGGAUCAUUUGAACUCAACCUGCUCUCCAGAGUGCCUGUGCCUCUGAGAUUGAUUGCAAUGUCUCACUGCAUUGGUCUGUUAUCCAUUGCUGCUAAAUUCAGUUUGCUGUUUUUUCUGCUUUCUGCAGUGUUUUUGUGUUCAAGCUUAAGUGACAGAAAUCCAGAGUUUGCCCUUACAAAAACAGAAGAGAGUGAUUUAAAAGAAGAGAAUGGGAAAGAGUCAGUAACUGAGGAUGAUGCUGAUGCUGAAGACUUAGAAGUGUUUUAUCCAACAAAUUGGUGGCAAACAGUUCAUCCAGGUCAGGCUAUUCCUGCAGGGUUACAUGUGCGAUUAAAUCUUCAAACAGGAGAAAAAGAAGCCAAACUUCCAGAUAGCACAAAUGAAAAAAGUGACAUGAAAGACCAGAAAAAAAGGAAAAGGCUGGACAAGGUGGAUAUUGACUCAAAUUCGUUUACAUCACAGGAACUAAAGGAGGCUUUGGCUAAAUUGAAGGAAAAUGAAAAGACAAAAAGCACAAUGGAGGCUAAUCUGGAAGAUGUCAGAAAAAGGUUCCGUCCCAUAGAAGAGCUGAAGGCAGAAUUUGAGCGACUCAACAUGAGGAUAGAAACUGAUUACGAAAUUAUGGUUAAAUUAAUCAACAAAUUCAACAGCUCUGAUUCUAUGCUGGAUGAAAAAAUAGCAGCACUUUAUGAUCUUGAGUAUUAUGUUCAUCAGGUGGACAAUGCUAAAGACUUUCUUUCCCUGGGUGGACUUCAAUUAAUGAUUAAUGGACUAAAUAGUACAGAGGCUGUGAUGAAGGAGCAUGCUGCCUUCGUCUUGGGAGCUGCAUUAUCUAGCAAUCCCAAAGUUCAGAUUGAAGCAAUUGAGGGUGGUGCUUUACAAAAGCUGCUGGUUAUUUUAGCUACAGAACAACCCUUGGCUGUGAAGAAGAAGGCUCUAUUUGCUUUGUCUUCGAUGCUGCGACACUUCCCCUAUGCCCAGCAGCAGUUCCUCAAGCUUGGUGGCCUUCAAGUACUUAGAAAUCUCUUCAAAGAAAAAGGCAUGGAGGCGCUCUAUGUGCGAGUUGUGACACUGCUCUAUGAUCUGAUUAUGGAAAAGAUGCUGCUUGAGGGUGCCCAGAACAAUGAAGACCAAAUGGAAGAGAAAGUCCAGCAGUACAGCCAAGUGAAGCUGGUGCCCGCUGUGGUAGAACAGGGCUGGUGUGCCAUUGUUUCCAACCUCCUGGCACUGCCGGAGCAUGACACUCGAGAGAAAGUCCUAAAAACAGUGAGUGUUCUGAUGGCCUUCUGCAAGGAUCGAUACCGUGGGGACCAGCACCUCAACAUCACACUAAGCAUGUUGCGCAGCGAGUAUGAGGAGCUGGCGGCUGAAGAACAAAGGGAAGGUGACAAAGAUGGCUAUUUUAAGGAACUUCUUGGCUCCAUAAAUACCAUUAUUCAGGAAUUAAGAUGAAAGCAGCUGUAAUUUCACUGAGAUUUAAGAAGUAAUUCAGGACAACUGCAUGAAUGUUGCUGGUUCAGGCUUAAAUAAACUAUUGAAUAAACUGCUGGUCCAAGCAAAAUCCCUCUCCAAGGCGAGUGAGCCAGUAGCUUCGUUACUAAAAGCACAAGCAUUUGGGGGUAUAUUUUCAGCUCAUUUCUUGGCCCAUGCUAAUUUCUCAGCUAAUGAGGGUGUACAUUUUCAAACAUAUAUUACACCUCGUACUCUGCUUGCUUCUGAAUUGUUUACUGUAAGUGACUGAAAUAUUUUAUCCAGAUAGAGAAAAGCAGCAAUUUUUUGGAGUCCCAAGGGCUGAUGAUACACUUGCUUAUCAGGCAGCUGUGCAUUUGGAUUUUCUAAAGAAAAAAGACUUCUUCAUAUAACACUGAUCAGGCUUUCUUCUUUGGAUUUGUACUACUUUCUAAUCUUUACAGAGGCUCUGGAAACUGCUGGUUGUGUUCUGAUCUUUAAGUUUUCAUCCUGCUUGUGUUUUUUACUCAGAAACCUCAAGAAUAUUGAGUCUUGUUAUACCUAGGUCUGGUUAGAGAUGUGUAAAACCAAGAUUGGGAGGGGUUUUUUUCCAACCCUUAUUUGAAAGAGCAUAGACUCUUUAGCAAAAAGAGCCCUUCUCACAAUGUUUGCUAGACGCUUGAAUUAAAUACAUGUUUAAAAAACAAAACCAAAACCUCAAGCAUUCUAAAUAGCUCUGAUUAGAAAUCGUUUCUCCUGCCAACCAAUCAGGUUAUACUUGCUUCACAACUGUAAUAUGAACUUUUUUCUUCUUUAGUUGUUCAAAACUCUGCUUAGGGUAGACAAGACCUGAAUUUCUAAUGGUCUUUUAAUGGAAAAAAAACAAUCUAGGGAGGGGCUUGGAAUUCUUUUGGACUGUCUUUAUACAUCAAGGGAAAUAAAAUUUAAAAGCUAC